AUGGUGUGCCUCAUUCAUACUCUGGGGAGGGUCUUGUUCUCAGGAGCUGAAUUUCAGGCCAAGAACAUUCUGAAAUCCCGCUACGGUGACAGCACGACUAAUACGGUCCAGGCGAACCCGUCCUUAAACAACUAUAGCCAAGACUACACCGGAGGCUACACUCAGGACUACUCUGGAGGCUACGCUCAAGACUACUCCGGAGGUUACGCCCAAGAUUAUUCGGGAGGAUACACCCAAGGCAACACUGGGGGUUAUUCCCAAGACUACAACGGAGGCUACGCGCAAGACUAUUCAGCUGAUAAUUAUUACGGAGAUCCCAAUAGCGGGACAGAGUACAAUAAUAAUUACAGCACGUACGACACCUACAGCCGCACGAAUCCCUCCUUCCAGUACAACGCGGAAACCGGAGGGCAGGACACCUUCGGAAACUACGACUCGCAAGGGAACAACAGCACCUACUUAGACAACUACCCGGAGUACGACUUCGCAACGGACGGCAACUCUUACAACUCCUACGUCAGCAGAACGACUCACUUCGUCAGGAGGGGGACGACUUCACUGGCGAGACCGAGACCAAGGGCUUAUCCGACCUACGACAGCUACGGCGCGUCUCGCCCGCAGCAGUUGCACUGUGAGAUUACUCUUGCUCAUCCUUACUUUUCCCAUGCAUAUAUUGCAUUUAGCUCUGACGGAAAGGUGGCUUCUAGUCUGACAUCUAUCUGCAGAUCAUCGAGAAUCACCAUCAAGCCCUCCCAUUCAAGCAGGAGUGAAUUAGGCCCAGUGUUAAGGGCUAUGAUUCCUUGUGUCCAGAAAUAUAUGGGCAAGAAAUCUCUCUUCCUCCAGAGGGUUUUGACCGGAGGGGCUCUUCGUAGUGUCAGCGAGAUCAAAGACCAGUAUCGCAGUGUCAAAGCGGAGAGGCCGGUCAUCCACAGACAACGGACUAACCUCAAGCCGGAGGACGGGAAGUUCGGGUGGCCUUCUGAGUUCAGGGAUCAGUACCGGGAGUUCCAGGCACAACGUCCUAUAGUUAAAAAGAUGAGCGAAACUUUACGUCCUGAAGGGAAGUUUGGAGAGACUUCCGAGAUCCAUGAUAAGUAUCGGCAGUUUGAAACCCAAAGAAAUAUUGCGCCCAAACAGGGGUCUACCUUGAGACCAGAAGGCAUGUUUGGGGAAACUUCAGAAAUUCAUGACAAGUAUAAACAUGUAGAACCACAACGAAACAUUGCCAAGAGACACUCAUCCAAUCUUAAACUGAAGGCCAAGCCACAACGGAAUAUAGCAAAGAGACAUUCAGCUAACUUAAAACCUGAAGGCCGAUUCGGUGAGACUUCAGAGGUCCAUGCAAUGUACAGAGAAGUUCAGCCGGUGCGGAAUAUUGCGAAAAGACACCAAGCAAAUCUGAGGCCGGAGGGUCACUUUGGCGAAACUUCCGAGCUGCAUGACAAGUACAAGAUAGAAAGACAACGCAAUAUUGCCAAAAGACAUUCUGCAAAUCUGAAGCCAGAAGGUAAGUUUGGCGAAACUUCAGAAUUACACGACAAAUACAGAGAAUUUCAGCCACAAAGGAACAUUGCUAAAAAGCAUACAGCAAAUUUGAAACCAGAGGGCCACUUUGGAGAAACAUCAGAAUUGCAUGAUAAGUAUAAGGAAGUUGAACCACAUGAACCACAGAGAAAUAUUGCAAAAAGGCAUUCUGCUAACCUUAAACCUGAAGGCCAGUUUGGCGAGACUUCAGAAUUACAUGACAGUUAUAGAGAAUUUGAACCUCAGAGAAACAUCGCAAAGAAGCACUCGGCAAACUUGAAACCAGAGGGCCACUUUGGCGAAACAUCCGAAUUGCAUGAUAAGUAUAAGGAAGUUGAACCACAGAGAAAUAUUGCAAAGAGACAUCCUGCUAAUCUCAAACCAGAGGGCCACUUCGGCGAAACAUCAGAAUUACAAGAUAGCUACAGAGAGUUUGAGCCUCAAAGAAACAUUGCAAAGAAGCAUUCGGCAAACCUGAGGCCUGAGGGUCACUUUGGAGAGACUUCUGAAUUGCAUGACAAAUAUAAGGAAGUCGAACCACAGAGAAAUAUUGCAAAGAGACAUCCUGCUAAUCUCAAACCUGAGGGUCACUUUGGAGAGACCUCCGAAUUGCAUGACAAAUACAAGGAAUUUGAACCACAGAGAAAUAUUGCAAAAAAACAUUCUGCAAAUCUCAGGCCAGAAGGCCAAUUCGGUGAGACUUCAGAAUUACAAGAUAGUUACAGAGAAUUUGAGCCUCAAAGAAAUAUUGCGAAAAGACAUUCUGCCAAUCUUAAGCCAGAGGGUCAUUUUGGUGAGACUUCAGAGCUCCAUGACAAGUAUAAGGAGCUCGAACCACAGAGAAAUAUUGCAAAAAGACAUUCUGCUAACCUUAAACCAGAGGGCCACUUUGGUGAGACUUCAGAAUUACAUGACAGUUACAGAGAAUUAGAACCCCAGAGAAACAUCGCAAAGAAGCAUUCGGCAAAUCUCAAACCAGAGGGCCACUUUGGCGAAACAUCCGAAUUGCAUGAUAAGUAUAAGGAAGUGGAACCACAGAGAAAUAUUGCCAAGAGACAUUCUGCUAAUCUUAAACCGGAAGGUCAAUUUGGUGAAACCUCUGAACUUCAUGACAAAUACAGACCUUUAGAGAGCCAGAGAAACAUUGCCAAAAAGCAUUCAGCAAACCUCAGACCAGAGGGGCAUUUUGGGGAAAAUUCAGAAAUUCAUGAUAAGUACAAACCAUUGGAUUCGCAGAGGAACAUUGCAAAGAGGCAUUCGGCAAAUUUAAAACCUGAAGGGCACUUCGAGGAAUAUUGCCAAAGACAUUCGGCAAACCUCAAACCAGAAGGGCGUUUUGGCGAAACAUCGGAGCUUCAUGACAAGUACAGGGAAUUUGAAAGACAAAGGAAUAUUGCAAAGAAACACUCAGCAAACUUGAAACCUGAAGGUCACUUGGCGAGACCUCAGAGCUGCAUGACAAAUACAAGGAGUAGAGCCACAAAGAAAUAUCGCCAAGAGACAUUUAGCCAAUUUAAAAAGCCGGAAGGACACUUUGGCGAAACAUCAGAACUUCAUGAUAAAUACAAACCAUUAGACUCCCAGAGGAACAUUGCGAAGAAACCACUCUGCAAACCUCAGACCCGAAGGCCACCAAGCGCCACAGUUUUCCGAACUAAAACCAGAGGGGAAUUUGGGGAAACUUCGGAGAUCCACGAUAAGUACAAACAACUCGAAACGCAGAGGAACAUUGCGAAACGCCACGGUGCAUCCUUGAAACCUGAAGGAGAAUUCGGAGAAGUUUCGGAGGUCCAUGACAAAUAUAAAACUUUCCAGGCAAGCCGACCUAUCGUGGAGAAGAGAAACACUGAUAAUAUUUGGCAAGAAGCUCCAAAGGUGGCAAUCAAGGGUAACACGGAAACACUGUCUAAUUACAAUGAGUUCCCUGAUACAUCUAUGCUGGACCUGAGAAUACCACCAAGUAUAACAACAAUAUAA